AUGGCAGGGCCGGGGGGAGGCGGCGAAAGGGAGACGCGGAUGCUACCGCGGUCGCCGCUGCUGCUGCCGCUGCUGCUAGGGAUUCUCCUCAGCCGGUGCCUGGGAGAGCAGCCCGCUCGCGCCGCCUCUUCCUCUUCCUCUUCCUUCUCCUCCUCCUCCUCGUUGCCCGGGGCAUCUGAUUCUGAGGAAACGGUGAUAAUAGGGUUACGGCUGGAAGACACGGACGAUGUGUCCUUUAUGGAAAAGGGAGUGCUCCGGGUGAGCGAGAGAACUCAUGUCAAACUGCGGGUCUACGGGCAGAAUAUCAAUAACGAGACCUGGUCCCGCAUCGCAUUCACUGAGCAUGAACGGUGGAGGGAAGGGGAAGGCAGGCGGCCGCCAGCUGAGCAAGAAGAUGGCCCGGUCCCCGUGAGUUCCAUGUCGUCGGCCCCGCAGCGUUGCGGCAUCCGGACAUCGGAUAUAAUCAUCCAGCCGCAUAUUACCCUCAACCGCCGUACCUCGGGGAUUAUCGAGAUUGAUAUCAAGCCGUUGCGCAAAACCGAAAAAAGCAAGUCCUACUACUUGUGUACCUCUGUGUCUUCCCCUGCUAUCCUAGGAGGGGCGGGGAGUGUGGCUGGGAGCUCUGGUGGUGGAGGUGGCAUUAUUGGUCCUGAUGGAGGGCCCUGGACUGAGACAACCUGGAUCUAUCAUGAUGGUGAGGACACCAAGAUGAUUGUAGGUGAGGAGAAGAAAUUCUUGUUACCCUUCUGGCUUCAGGUGAUCUUCAUCUCCCUCCUGUUGUGUCUUUCUGGCAUGUUCAGUGGUCUCAACCUGGGACUUAUGGCUCUUGAUCCUAUGGAGUUGCGUAUUGUGCAGAAUUGUGGGACAGAAAAAGAAAAAAACUAUGCUAAGCGCAUUGAGCCUGUGCGGCGCCAGGGCAACUACUUGCUCUGUUCUUUGCUCUUGGGUAAUGUAUUGGUCAAUACUACCCUUACCAUACUGCUCGAUGACAUUGCAGGUUCUGGACUGGUGGCAGUGGUAGUAUCCACCAUUGGUAUUGUCAUUUUUGGUGAGAUUGUGCCACAGGCUAUUUGUUCCCGGCAUGGUCUGGCUGUGGGUGCCAACACCAUCUUCCUUACAAAGUUCUUUAUGAUGAUGACCUUUCCAGCCUCUUAUCCAGUCAGCAAACUGCUGGACUGUGUUUUAGGGCAAGAGAUUGGUACUGUCUAUAACCGUGAGAAGCUACUUGAAAUGUUAAGAGUCACUGAUCCUUACAAUGAUUUGGUCAAAGAAGAAUUGAAUAUAAUUCAAGGAGCGCUGGAAUUGCGCACCAAAACUGUGGAGGAUGUAAUGACUCCUCUCCGGGAUUGCUUCAUGAUUACUGCUGAAGCUGUACUUGAUUUCAACACUAUGUCUGAAAUCAUGGAGAGUGGAUAUACACGUAUCCCGGUUUUUGAAGGAGACCGCUCUAAUAUUGUGGACCUUCUUUUUGUCAAAGACUUAGCUUUUGUGGAUCCUGAUGAUUGCACUCCACUCAAGACCAUCACACGUUUCUAUAACCACCCACUGCACUUUGUCUUCAAUGACACCAAGCUUGAUGCCAUGCUUGAGGAAUUCAAAAAAGGUAAAUCUCACUUGGCAAUUGUGCAGCGGGUGAAUAAUGAAGGGGAAGGGGAUCCUUUUUAUGAAGUCUUGGGCAUUGUUACCUUGGAAGAUGUAAUUGAAGAGAUCAUCAAGUCUGAGAUUCUAGAUGAAACAGAUCUCUACACUGAUAACAAGACCAAAAAGAAAGUAGCCCAUCGGGAGAGAAAACAGGAUUUCUCUGCCUUCAAACAGACAGAUAGUGAAAUGAAGGUUAAAAUCUCACCACAGUUGCUUUUGGCAAUGCAUCGUUUCCUAGCAACAGAGGUUGAAGCAUUUGGUCCAUCCCAAAUGUCUGAAAAGAUCCUCCUGAGGCUACUAAAGCAUCCCAAUGUUAUUCAGGAGCUGAAGUAUGAUGAUAAAAACAAGAAAGCCCCUGAAUACUACCUCUAUCAGCGAAACAAACCUAUUGAUUACUUCAUUCUAAUUUUACAGGGAAAAGUAGAAGUAGAGGCUGGGAAAGAAGGAAUGAAGUUUGAAGCUGGAGCUUUUUCUUACUAUGGAGUCAUGGCUCUCACAGCUUCACCAGUUCCUUUAUCCUUGUCUCGUACCUUUGUUGUCAGCAGAACAGACAUACUAGUGCCAGGAAGUCCAGCUGAAAAUAAGUCACCACCUCGUUCUUGUGGCUUAAAUCAUUCAGAUUCUCUUAAUAGAGGAGAUCGCAUUGAUGCCGUGACACCAGCAAUAGGGAAUAGUAACAAUCAGUUGAACUCCUCAUUUGUUCAAGUAUAUGUUCCAGAUUACUCAGUCAGAGCAAUCUCAGACAUUCAAUACGUCAAGAUCUCAAGACAGCAAUACCAAAAUGCCCUAAUGGCAUCUCGAAUGGAUAAAACACCUCAGUCCUCGGACAGUGAAACCACUAAAAUAGAACUGACUCUUACAGAACUGCAUGACGGUUUGCCAGAUGAGAUGGCAAAUCUACUGAACGAACAGAACUGUGUAACUCACAACAAGUCCAAUCACAGUAUGCAUAAUGAAGGUACCAUCUAGGAAUCGUCACACUCUUUCUCUGCUUUCCAUCCUCAUUCCCAGUUCACAAGGACUAGUCCUCAUCCUUCACCUUCUGUCUGACUGUAACCACCAUUAACGUGUGCUUAUAAAGCUGUGCUGCGUCCAGUGCUCUGAGACCAAAGAUAUCCUGGGACCAGGAAACAAAACUGGGAAGAAAUGGGAGCUCAGAGAAUGAGAGCACAGAAGGAAAAAAAUAAGCAGCAAACAUCUAAACAAAGCUUGGCAAUGAUGAGCCAUCUUUUUGGGACAAAUGGCAACAUUAUUCCAAGUGGAGCAGAAUCAGGUCUAUUUUUUCCAGUUAUAUUGGUAAUCUUUUUAAAUAUAGGCUGACAAGUCAAAGCAGUUGCAGUUUAUUUUUUCAAGCAAUAUCAUGAAUCUUUUUAAAAAAAAAUAUUUUGCAGUUGUAAAUAUUGCAGGAUAUUCCCAGUUAAACUCUACUGUAUUGUUUAUGACUUUGUUCCAAUGAUCCCAUCUUUCAUUGUUUUUUCCCUUAGAUAAAAUGACAAAGUAUUGUCAUUUGUAGAAUGUAUUGGUUGGGGAAAACUAUGAAUGAUCCUUAAACAAACUUCUCACAGGUUGCUCCCAAGACUGGAGAAAAGCAUGUGGCCCUUUAAUCCUUCUGAGUUGUGCAUGAGGACAUGACAUUUAAGAGGCCAUAUUUUUGAGUCCAGGAAUAGUGGAAUAUGUGGGCACCAUAUGAAAAAAGGAGGAUUUGUGUCCUGAAAAAUUGCACAUAGUAUUUUAUUUAUUUGGGAGAUAAGUAGCAAUUUCUGCUGCUUCUCUUUUGCUGAGUGCAUGUCUAAACUUUGGAAUAUUUUCAGAGUCCAUGUAUUGUCAGUCAUGCUGCCCUUUACUUUCAACAAAGAGCUUGUUGUAAAAGAUAUGUUAAGAGAGCUGACUUUUUUGUUAUUUAAAAAUGCUGCUAUGCUGAUAGCCAAAGUCAAUCCUCCCAAGGCUCUGUUCUUAGAAGAUACAAGCCCUUGUGGAUGCUGCUGGGCCAGCCUGUUCUCUUAGAUUUUAAAAUUCCUUUUAAGAUAAAGUCAGUGUGUAACAGAGGAGGUUAGGCUAGGGGGCUGGAAGAAGAGAGAUGGGAUAUAUUUCAACAAUUGGGAGAGAAUUUCUAUUUUUUCGUACAUUCUUUCUUUAGAAGCCCUCUUUUUAACCUUCAGUUCUUAAUCAGCUGUUCAGAAUUUUUAUGAAUGGGUAUGAAAAAUGAAGAGGUAAAUAUCUUUAGGAUCUUCCCUAAAGAACAUGCUGCACCUCAGGAAGUUGAAAUUUAUUUUGUGGCAUCUGGGGAACAAUCCCCAAGGAAUGCCUUGCUGUUAUAUAUUUAAAUAAUUUUAUUUGACACUGCUGAGAUUCUGAGUUGCCAUUGCCAUCUCAUUGCUUAGCAUCACCGAAUGGAUAAAAGGUUCUAUUCUGCAGAACAGCAUCAGGGCUGACCUCCAGAGUGUGUUAGCCACAAUGACCUCCUGAGCUUUGAUUAUUUUUUUCACUUUUCAUGCUGGAACCCUGAAUUUACAGGGAUACUUUCCAGACAAUGUGUUGAUUCUUUGCAGACUUGAGAUGAACCUUAUGUAAAUUCUCUACAGCUCUGCUUCUGCAAAUAUCCUAACCCCAAACAGCUGUGCGCCUAAGUGAAAUUUAUUUUAUUUUAGGUUGUGAUUCUUAUUUUGCAGUUUAUUCUAUAAAUGUGAAAGAGCUAUUUUUUUCAUGGUUGCCCACAAGACUUUUGAGUUCCCAUGAAGCAUAAUGUAGAUUUCUCCGUUCAAACUAUAGUAUGUCAUUGAUAGGACCGACAUUUUGGAACUUUCCUUUUAUUAGCAUAAUACUUUAACCUAUUAAUUUUUUUCAGGCUUGUCAUGAAAUGCAGACAAACUUCUUAGAGGCUGCAAAUUAUGCCCUUGAAUAUUGAAUUUUCUAAUGUAAUGUGCUGUUGAAAAUGAUACAUUAUAAUUUGGCCUGUUAUGACAAAGAUAGAUUCUUAACUGUUUUUAAUGUCUGUAUUUCAUGUAUCUCUUUUCAUAUCUUGUUCCCCAUAACACAUACUGAAUUGUUCAAAUUGAUUCUAUCCAAAUGAUUAUGCUGGUUUGUCAUGAAAAGAUUUUCUAGAACUUCCUAAAUAUUUUAAAGGUAUAUAUCAAUCUUUUGUAAUUAUUUCCAAUCAGUAUAUAUAGUUGAAUGACUAAGUAUUCCAGUCCAGAGUUUAGAAUUUCAAGAGUGACUUCUAUCCCUGAAAAAAAGUGGUGCAUGGAAGAAAUUAGUAGCAGGUCAUUUGUAUUACUUAGGCUUUCCAGCCAAUGCCAAACUAAAGGUGCUCUCAGUUCAAAAGAAGAGGUAAUGUUUUAGAAGUUGACUUCUUUAUCUUUGCUGUGUCAAUAUCUGCAUCACAGUUGGACUUUACUUUCUGAUGAGUGGUCUUCUUUCCUGUUCAAACUUCGAGAUUCCAUCAUGCAUUAAAAUGUAAUGUGUAAAAUUAACAUCCACUGGAUUAUCUGAAUUUACUCAUGUCUUUAAGAAUAUUACUCAAUGUAUUUAAAUUCUGUUUUUUCAUGUAUUAUGCCAAUCAUUUUAUCCAUUCUUUUAAAAAUAUCCAAAUAUAUUUUGGCUGGUAAUGUGACUUUCACAGUCACUUUAGAAUGGAAUGUUUGGAGCCUUUCCCAUUCAAAUACCACAAGGCAGGAAAAGUUUGGAAUCCGAGUCUUCAGAUUUUGACAGAAAUCUUCCUGGCCUCUUUGUCCCAACUGCUCAUGUUGUUUUCACUGUUUCACUCCUCUGGGAUUUGGUAGACAGCAAUGGUCAUUAAGCUUUUGUAUAAAUCUUGUAGAUAUAUAGCCCUUUGAACCAUGUUUGUUUUUUCUUACACUAAUUCUUCAACUGCCUGUGAAUUAGUUUUGCAUUUAUUAAUGUGAAUGCCUUAUACCUUUUAGGACAAUACUUUGCUUAGUCUCUGUAAAGUUAUAAUUAUUUCUUGAAACGUUUUUUCUGUGAGGUAAGAUCUCAGAGAUCAUGAGCAUCAUAAAGACUUUGUUGGGGGUUUCCUCUCUAUGCUUGCAUACUGUGGGUACAGAAGAUCUGCAGAGUUUCACUGAGUUUAACCAGUUACCUAAAUGCACAAUUUUCAACAUUUGGGCUGUGUAAGCAUUAAUCAUCCAAAUGCGGCUGAAGACUAAAGCUAUACAAAUGAAGAAGGAAGUGCAGUAAAUCAAAUUACAUACUUUUGCAUAAUUAAUUUCCAAAAUAUUUUGUUUGCUUUCUCUUAAGGAACUAACGUUAAUUUCCAAGGUUACUGUGAAAUAUGUUGGCAUGUAUGAAAGCAAAUAAUAUAAUCUAAGUAUUAAAUCCUUUUUAUUUUUUGAUACAUAAGCAUUAACCAUCCGCUUUUCCCCCCAGUGUACCUCAAUUCUCCUGCCUUUUAAUAUUUAUAAAAAUGAAAUAUAGCACCAUCUUACCCCUUCUGGCAUGUGAAGAAAUGGUACUUCAGCAUAACAUUUCUGUUUUUCAUUCUCUUCAUCUGUGAUUGCUCUAAACUUAUCAAGGCUUGCACAGAGAUUUUAUAUCUUUGUGUCAGGAAGAGGUUUUGUGGGUUUGUGGUAGUAUGGUAGAUAACACGCCAGGCUGGUUUUUCACUGUUCUGCCAAAACCCUUUUGGUGUCCUUAGGAAACAGGUAAUAUAAUAUCCAGCAAUAAAAAUGUCAGUUGAUCCAAUGGUCACUAAGACAUUUUUUUUUCUCUAUUUUGAUGCUCUAUGUCGAAGUUGCAGACCCCUGCCCUAUGUCAGCUUUCUGAUCAUAUGUUCCCCUAUUUAACAACUACAUGCUCUGGAGACUGCUUUGAAAUUGUAAGGAUGGCUGUUCCAUGUAGAGAGCUGUAUUUAUACACAAGCUACAGCCACAUGGUUAUGACUGCUUGUGGCAAUAAACUCCUUCAUAUAUAUAAGCAGUGUUUUUUGAGCAACUCUCAUGUGGUGGUUAUUGUGUAAAUUAUUCAUCAAGACAGCCUAGACAUGUAAUUUGUCAAUUAACAGUGCAGGUGGAAUCCCACAAGUAAUUAACAUUAUGUUUUAUGCUAAGGGCUGAUAAGACAAAAGCAAUAUUGCUAGAUCCAUCAUGGAGACAUAUGUGUGCUUUCUCCCUCAGGUAAAUGUAAUGAAGAAUUCUUUGAAAGGGUCUCAGAAGCAUUAAACUCCUAAUACAAGAUAGCUAUAAUUAGGCCAGCAUAUCCAAAUGACUGUACAUUUCCAACAAGUGAUUUGUAUUUUGCUGUUUUGAUAUGGCAACUGGAAAGCAAGAAAGGCUUUAAUUCCAUUUUCAGACAUUUGCUAAAUUGGCAGAUUGGUGGUUAUGGUGGUGGCUGGAACAAAGAUUGAGUGCUUGGACUUCCUUGAUUUGAUCCAGACAGCAUUUGAAGGCACAUUUGUGCAUUAUUCUAAUGUCCAGUUAGAAUCAUUCUUACAUCUUUGUGUGAAAAUCUCUAGCUAAUCUGUGCUUUGACAAGUAUUUGGGGAUCAGAUUAGCUCGCUUUUUAGAAAUAUUUUUGCUUUUAAGCCAAAAUGAUCUUAUUAAUUUAACUAUCAGAAUACAUCCCCUCCAUCUUAAUAUCGAAGAAAAACAUGUCCAUAAAUUAAAGCACAUUUGUUUCAGCCUUUGGAGUCUGUGCAGCAUUUCCUAUUACCUUUAGAAUGUGGCAUCUUCACGAUAACAAAAAACUGGCAAAACAUUAUUUUGCUGCAUUGAAUGCUGUCAGUGAUUCCUUGUUUUGCCUCCCACCCCGAGAUGCUUCAUAAUCUCUAUUGCUUCCCCUGAGACCAAUCCCCAAGACAGUCUUUGCCAUAGUUAACUAUGCAAAUGAAACUAGAUUAGAAUAGGGUGAAUUUGCUGAUUUAGGUUCAUUUCCUUUCUGUAAUAUAUGUAAAAUGUCAUCACAAUAGGCAACCAGUUGAGAAGCAAAUGAUUUCUGUAUCCUUUUCCUAACAUACUUCUGGCAAUUAGCAUUAUUUCUACUGAAGUGCCUGUCUAGCUGCUGUAGCAAUGCUGCAAUGACAUAUCAUUUCAUAAAGUGAGUGAUACUAAACCAUCUUCUGGUUAAUCCUAGAAUAAAUGUGUAGACUGAAUUAACAGUACAGCAAUGAGCCUUGAACUCAAAAGAUGAGAGAAUGAAUACUGGGUUAAAAAUAAUUUAUCUUAUAAAUGUAUGAGGUGCUAGAAAGUGCUUGAGCCUCUUGAUGUUUUGCUCUCUCUCACUUGAUCUCAGAAAUUGUCUAAUUUUGCUUAGAAGUCAGAGAAUUGUGCACAGUUGCACAAUCCACAUCUAGGUUAGCUCAUGGAUGAAAGAGGGAAAUGUGUACACUUUUUGAUGGGUAUUUGUAGCACAUUUGUGCUAUUGUUAGUAACAUGGUGCUGCAACUAAAGGCACAAUGGGAGGCUAAAUUCUGUUACUGAAACACUAGAUGUUGUGUAGGGGCUGCUAAGCACUGUUUGUUAUUUACAAUGUACAUUUCUUCCACUUAUUUUUUACUGUUUCAUACAUUGACAUUUUAUGGUUAUUGUCAUUUCUUAGCUGUAAUUCCUCUUGGCUUGAUCCUACCACUGUAACUGUAGUAUUUCUAAAUAACUUGUUUGUGAAUUUGGACGAAUUGAUGAACAAUCGCAAUACAAUUUUCAAGAUUAGGAGUUAAACUGCUAUUGCAAGGGAGAAGGUAACAAUAAAGGAGAAUACCAUA